GCAUCCCAUGGCUGUGGGGCACCAGUAGGUGGAACCUGGUUCAGAACCCAGCCUGCUGCCGUCAGCCAGCCUCCUCCAGGGGCUCGCGUUCGGGAUACCCCUUGGCAGGCACCCCCGGAAAGAUCCAGAAACCCUCACCCUCGUGGACACGCGUUCCUCGGAUUCCACCGAAGUCUGCUUUGGGAUGAGCCAAAGUGCGCGGUGCGGGCAGGCCUGCUGCCCACCCCCCACGUCCCGGGCCCUGCCGCCCUGGCCUCACGGCGCCCUGUGCGCGUUUUGCGCAGGAAGCAGAAGGAGCUGGAGGAGCUGGAGCGCGAGCGGAAGCGCGAGGAGAAGGUGCGCCGGAGGGAGCAGAGGCAGCGGGACCGCGCGCUGCGGCGGAGCCAGCGGAAGCUGGAGCGGCUGCAGGCCGAGGAGCAGAAGCAGCUGCACGAGAAGAUCCGGUUGGAGGAGCGGAAGCUGGUGCUGUCGCAGCGCAACCUGCAGUCCAUCCGGCUCGUGGCGGAGCUGCUGAGCCGGGCCAAGGCGGCCAAGGCCCAGGAGCAGGAGCAGAAGGAGGCGUCGCUGCGCCUGCAGCAGCUGGAGGAGCGGCGGCGGCUGCAGGAGGCAGAGCUGCGGCGCGUGGAGGAGGAGAAGGAACGGGCGCUGGGGCUGCAGCGCAAGGAGAAGGAGCUGCGCGCACGGCUGCUGAGCAUCCUGCUGAGCAAGAGGGCCGACGACCCCCGCACGCACGACGAGCUCGCGGCGGCGCACGCAGGCCUCCUGCAGCCUGUGCUGGACAUCCUGCAGACCGUGUCGGCCAGCUGCGUGGGCGCCGCCGUGCUGCCGUCUGUCGCGGGCCCGCCGCCCCAGCCGGAGAGCAGCCGCGCAGCCAGCGGCGUGAACGGGCGCGUGGCCGAGGAGGCCCCGGUCACGCAGGCGCAGGAGCCGCGCCACGCCGCCUCCCCCGAGAAGCGGUGCCCGGCCGUGCUUGCCUGCAUUCCCGACAACCAGCAGCAGCCCGCGGGCCCGCCCGCCGCCAGCGAGCAGAGCGCGCCCAGGAAGGACGCGCGUUCCGAGCAAGACAAGUGCAACCGGGAGCCCAGCGGGGGUCGCGGCCGCGCCAGCAGGGAGCGCAGCGCCGACGACGGGCCCCGGGAGGCGAGCCGGCCGCGGGCGGGCAGUGCGGAGCGCGGGCGGCGGGAGCGGCGCGCGCACAGGAAGCGGGCGCACGAGGACGCCAGCCCCCGCCGGCGCAGCGGCAGCCCGGAGCGCUCGCGCUCGCGGAGGUCGCGCAGUGGAGACCGGCACGGCCGGAGGGACCGGAGCCGGGGCCGCAGAGGCGGCUCGGGCCGCAAGCGUAGCCGCCAGCGGCGCGGCGAGCGGUCGCGCUCAGGGUCCACCGGCCGCCACCGCAGCACCUGGAACAGGUAAUGCCGGGGCCAGCGCAGAUCUGGACCCUGCAGGCCCAGCCGCCGGCGCUAGGAACCCGCGCACUGCCGCCCUCUGGGGGCCGCGGCCGCUGGCUUUGCUUUACCCAGAAAACUGUUGACGGACAGCUUUACUCGCACCGCCCUCCCUGUAAGUCAGGAGGCCGCGCCGGGGGUGGCGGAUCCAGGCUGCCCCGCGCCGCAGCCGAGCAUCUGAACGCCGAGGCGCCCCCCUGCCGUCAGCCUGGCCGCACGUGCCCACGGCGGCGGGGGAGGCCCUGUUCCUGGCCCCUUUGCUCUCCCCGUUCUGUAACUUGCACCGGCUGGGAAGCACGUUCUGGUUUGGGACGCGGAAGGAGCAGAGGGGUCAGGCUCCUUGUGUCCUCAGUGAAGGAGGCCCACAUCCCGCUGGCAGUGACCCAAGGUGCCGUCACUGGGCCCAGGGUGCAGGGCUGGACGCCCCCUCACCUUCAGAAACGUUCACUUCUCACGAAUUCAAGCAAUUCGGUAUAAAAACGGGUGAAAAGCUUUGGUUCCUAGUCAAGGGUAGCGUGUAUAUAGUUUUUUUAAAGAGCUGUUUUGCUAAGUUAUUUUUACUUGGAACGUUUCAAAAGGGAUUUCAGGCUGCACACUUGUUAAAUUUUAUAAUUAAUUGCUUUUCCAAGCAAAGCUCAGAAGUCCUUAAAAGUAGUUGUAACGUUCACGUUAGGAAAGGUGGUGUUCAUUCCAGGUUGCAUUUUUAUGGUGAAAUAAAACCCUUUUCCAAUGAA